CCGGUCCGCCCGUGCCCCGUUUACCCGCCUGUCUCCCCGCGCCUUCGCUGCGGGGAGCUCCCGUCCCCUCUUGGGAAGCGCUCUGCGGAGCUCUUUUACUCCCCGUUGUGUUCCCCGCGGCGCCCGCCGGCAUUCCCUGUCUGCCUCCCGCUUUUCCACCUCCGCUCCCACGGCCCCCCAGCGCCGGCCGUGCCCCCUGCCCGCCCCGCUGUCUGACCGCGGGCACGGCCGAGCCGGGCGGGGCUGCGCGCUUUGUCCCGCGGCGCUCCGUCCGUCCCCUGGAUGGAGUCUGCCGAGUGCUGCCCCGUGCGGGUCCUGCGUUCUGUGGAGCGUGACGGUUCGGGAUGCGACUUUCAUCUCUCUUUUUACCUAAGUGUUUCGAGCCACGCUAGUUCCCGCAGGGUAACGCACGUUGUUCCUGCAGAACGAGGAGCGCGGUGCGGCUGUUGGUGCUGUGCCACCACGGGGUGCCACUCCUCCCCUCCUGCUCGUAGCGUUUACGUGUUGAUGAGCACCGGCACUCCGACUUGCUCACUUUGCUGAGUGUUUCACAUCUUUUAUACCCCAUUUUUGCACCCCUUAAUUACUCUUUUUUGUUUGUUUGCUUCGAUUCCAACCCUCGUGGGAUCGAAAAAUGCAGUGUUUUCCUGUUUUGGAAAAGCUCUUUAGAAAAUCAAGAGCGCUCUCUCUCUGUUUAAACAAACGAAGAAGAAACCGGGAAGCAAAGCUAUCCCUGAAUAAUCAAUUAAUUGCAUGUGGAUCAGAACUUAAUUAUGGAAAAUCCUUUCUUCCACAUGCAGCUUUUAUAAAUUCCUUUUUAUCCUUUAAACAACAAGGAUUUAUUAGCAGCUUUCAAUGUCUGUACGCAGCUGUAAUUUCUGCUGUAAAUUAGUGAAGUAGAUGGAAAUGAUCUUUAAUAUUUCUUGGGAGGACAGAGGCUGUGCACAAGGACUAAAGGCAGUGCUGCUUUUCAAUCUAUCACCUGUUCUCUAUUUUUUUUUUUUUUUUUUAAUUCAGAAUUGUUACAAAUCAUGUUUUGUAUGAGCAGUGUGACAUAAUGCUGAAGAAAGCUGUUUAAUUUCAAGAUGCUUUGGCAGCUCCUUCUUUACCAAAACCUGCUGAGUGUCAGAUGGUUUGACACUUCUCCCUUCUUCAAGGGCAACAAAAGCACUGGCCAGAAGAGGACUUAUGCUGAUCAUCUAUAUUUCUGGAGAAGAAGCAGUUUACUUGAAGAUAUUUAUUUAGACUAUUUGAAAAUUACAGAAAGAGAAUUUAUCUUUUCCCAAGAUUGCGUGCAGGAAAAGGGAGAUGAAUGAUGAAUCACUUCGUGUUUCUGGCAGUAUUGCUCCACUUGAGGACUUGGUGCACUGCAUACUCACAGCAAGAAUCCCUUGUGUUUCCAGUAACAUAUCUUAAUGUUCACAAGGAUUUGGCUCUUCAACGUCUGCUUGUGGAAUGGGAUGUUGGCAAGUCAGCGCACAAUGCUGAGCUGGUAAUGUCUUUUGAAAUACAAGUCCGUCGAGCAGAUGAAGCUAUUGUGUGGACAGAGUUUCUUAAUACCACACUCGAUAAAUCAGGAAAACCUCUUCGCUGGAUGUGGGAUUCAGACUUACCUUUGGAGUGUAUGUCACAUUCAGUGAGAAUCAGGAGCAAAGCAGAAGCAUCAAAAAACUGGAGUCAGUGGAGUCUGUGGGAGACUAUCCAGGGUUUGGAUACUUCAAACAUCACUGAGCCAAAAAUCUUUCCGGAUGAAAAAAUUAUAGAGGAAGGCUUUGACAUCAGUCUUUGUUGCAUUGCAAGGAAAGGUCAAAUCAUAAAGGAAUUUUUUUUAAAUUCACCUAUUCCUUAUUUCAAUCGCACAAACAGUCAAGUUGGACUUCUCAUUGCAAAGAAUGUGACAUUUAAAGGAGUGCCUCACGUCCUGUGUAGAGAGUCUUGCCAUGAAGAAAAUUGCUUUGCACAUGCAGUUUUCUUUGUGGGUAGACCACCUGAUGUACCUCAUGAUUUUUCCUGCCAAACUCAGAACAUGAGAGAAAUAACAUGUACCUGGGACCAAGGACGAGACACCUACCUUUAUGGAAGUCACUCAUCAAAAUACAAGUUGUCUGAACAAUUUUCCAAAUCUUCUGUUCCAUGCACAGUAAAUUGUUCUGAGAGGUGCUCAUGUUCUUGGGAUAUAGGGAAGCAGAGGAUCUAUAAUGUCACACUGACUGUUGAAAACCCACUGGGAAAGGGAAUUGCCACAGAUGUUUUUGAUGUAGCUCACAGAAUUUAUCCCCUACCACCGUUCCAGCAGUGGGAAGAAUACACAGAUGGAGAAAUUGAGUUACACUGGGAACAAAAGGAAAAGGAAAUUGAACUCUUUUGUCAAGCUGAAGUGUAUCAACCUGAUGGGAAAGCAAAACUUUACAAUAGUUCAGGCACACAACUAUAUGGAAACAGGAUCACCCUUGGUGGACUGCAGCCCUACACCAGUUACACAGCCAGAGUACGUUGUGGUGCCGCUAAGCAUUUCUGGAGAUGGAGCGAAUGGAGCAAAGCCCACACUUUCAGAACAAAGGAAAAAGCUCCAUCAGGGAAACUGGAUGUCUGGAGAAAAAUUACUCCAGCUCUGUGGGGGCGGAAUGUGACCUUGUUCUGGAAGCAAGAAGCAGAUUUUCAAGCGAAUGGGGAAAUUAUUUCAUAUGAAGUAACCUGGGAAAAAGUAGUAAACCGAUCUAAGCCUGAACACAUUUCUCUUUCAUCAGAUUGUAAUAGUACAAGGAUUUUCAUUGAUAAUCAUCCCUACAGAAUCAGUGUCAUGGCAAGGAACAAUGUUGGUUAUUCACAUCCUUCAAUGUUGAUCAUCCCUGGAGCUACAGACACUGAAAAGAGGCUCAGUAAGUCGGAGCUUAAAGAAGAACAUGUUAAUGGCACAGAUGGUGGCAUUUUGAUUUCCUGGAAGCCCAGAGAUAAAUCUGACAGUUACAUUAUUGAUUGGUGUAACUUUCCAAUGCUGCAGCCUUGUGAUUUACAAUGGAAGAGGUUUGGACCCGACACUUCCAGUGCUCUGAUCAAAUCAGCUGCUUUUGUUCCUGGAGUGAGAUACAAUUUCCACAUCUAUGCAUCUGCUGCUAAUAGAGUCUCCUUACUGGAGAAGAAGACUGGUUAUCUCAAGGAGCUUCCUCCUCGAUUUGACCCUGAUGUGAAAAAAGUUGAACUGAGUUAUCAUGAAGUAACACUGUACUGGGAUCCUUAUCCCACGGAUGAGAUACACCCUGGUUUCUUAAGAGGUUACCACGUUUAUGUGUCACCUGUGCAAGAGGAUUGCAAUUUGAAAGGAUCCAAAAAACAUGUUCUUGCAGGUGGUUCAGUGGUAUGUAAAUUCACAAUUGAAAACCCAGAAGAAAAAACUUACACGGUGAAACACCUGACGUCAAACACAAAAUACAAGCUGGCCAUUAAAGCAUAUACGGGUGGAGGAGAAACUCCCAUCAUUAACUUCAGAUACAUAGAUACACCACUUGACUCAGACAUGCUGUACCUUCUAGUCCUGCUUGUGGUAGUUCCUUCACUAAUAAUGGCUGUGUGCCUCUGGAAAAUGAAGCGGGUGAAGGAUUGCUGCUGUCCUGUGAUACCUAGUCCUAACAAGAGCAAAGUGCUGUCAUUCAAAGAGUUCAAAAUUGGUACUGAGAAAGUACUAAAGCUAAGUGACUGCAUUCCUGACACCCUAGCACUGGAUAAUAAGGCCGAAGCAAAAAAAUUACGUUCACGGAGCCUGAUGUCUUCAACGUCAACAGAAGAUAAGACUGAUGAUCAGAAUCUUUCCUCAGUUUAUCGCAACAAAAAUGAAGAGAGAAGUUUUCCAUCAACACCCACACCUCAGACUCAUACUUGGUUUGAAAAUUUUGCUUAUUCUUCUCAUCUUGCAGUUGAAACCAAUCCCUAUGAAACACCAGAGACACUAGAAAGAGGCAACGAAGAAGUGUCAGCAGUGCUGUACCAGCCACAGUACUACCUCAAUAUUUUGAAUGAUGCUUCUACCUCAUCACCUGGAGAAGCAGCUGGCAGGAAGAGCAAUCUGAGAUACAUAUCACAAACAGAUGUGCACUGCAUUGGAAGGAGGCUUUGAUGUACCCUCGUUGACUGAGUCUGUUGAUUGGUUGUGUUUUAAAAUACAAACAGGAAUUUCUGAAGGCACAGCAACUUCUCUUUCCGAUACAGGCUUUCACAAGCCCAGAUGUCCCACUCCUGUUAUCCCUGCAAAGCUGUACAUUGUUGACUAGUUCAAGGCUUUUGCAGUGGAAUGCUGCAUGCUAUCAUUUGAUCAGAAGUUACUGGCUUUAGAAUUUGCAGGCCAAUGUUUUGCUGCCUGUAAUAUGCAGUGGGAACCAUUUUCCCAUCAGGGCAGAUGUUUGUGGAGGAGUUACCAACACACUCAUAGUGCUCAUAACCUUUUUUGGCAUUACUCCUUGCACGUAGCAAACUCCAGACAACUAUGUAAGUAGACACGAGUCAGAUGAGUUAUAUUAAUCCCCUUUGCAAAGAACAUAUUCAGGCUCUCUAUCAGCUAGAUCUUCAGAUACUGUUGUUUGCAUGUUAUAAAAAAUAGUCUUCCUCCAGCUAGCAAUGAAGGAAGGGCCUGCUGGCUGUGAUUUUGAAACUCACGAAGACAUUCAUCUUGUUACUUGCACAUUUUAGCUUGCAGCAUUUGUAAAUACAUGAACUGAGCACUAUGACUUUUUGUGAUAACUGAGAAUUUGAACAGCAUACUGAGGUGAACUUGGUCAUCUUUAAUUUUCAAAAAUGUUUGUAAGGAAGCACAACAGAUUGUAUCCUUCAUUUUGAAAAAAGGCUUAUUUAAAGAAAACUUGAAAGGCAGACUAAAAUCAAGAGUUAGGUAUCUCAUAUAAGGAAUUCUCAUAUAAGACUCAGUGAAAAAGUCAGAUUGUCCCAUGAACCACAUAUUAAUAUUUGAUGUUGCGCAGGUUCUUUAUGGCAGAGGGGAUGGCUCUAAUGAGGCGUUAUUUCAUACAUCUGAGCUGCUGUUGUUGGGGCCUGACUGCAGCAGCUGAGCACAAAGUGGCAGGGACAUUGUGGGUGGAGGUCAUACAGCUGGUGCUGCUUUCCUGAUGGUGGGUGAGGUACUUGGGCCUGUCCGGAGCUCCCAUCUCAGCUCCAGCAAAGGUGGUUCCUAUGGUCUUUCUAAUGAAAGCAUUUUGUCAUUUGGAACAAGAGAACAGCUUACCAGCAGGUACAGGCCUGCCUGGCAGCCUGAGAGGUUAGCUCCUCUGCGGGCUGCUCGUGACAGCUUGUUUCACAGAACACAGGAACAAACUAUUCCAAGGAGAAUAAGGCUUUUGUGUAGGUGGAAGGGUAUAGUGAGGGCACAAGAAAAGUAUUUUUCACAUGGGGAUAGAGAGGCAUGUAAACGCCUCUUUCUUUUUUUUUUUUUUUUCCUUCCCUCUAAGACAUCUGUCUUGCAUUAAUAAUGGCUGAAUGAGUUCAAAACUGAAAGAUUUAUUUCUUGUUUCAUUUCUUGUUUAUAAUUCAGCUUUCACAUCUGCUGCUGAAAUGCUAACACUUGAAUUGUACAAACAUCACAUAAUGGAAAGUGACUAAUUCUCAGUAUCAGUACUCUAAAGUUUUAAAAUAAAAAUGGUGUACAAAAUACUAAGGAGUCCCGUUCUAUUUUUACAGGACAUCUUACAAAGUAUUAAUGUAAAAUAUACUUUGACAAAAAAUGUUUAUUUGGAAAGCUUCAGCUUUUUCUAGUUAAUUAGUAACGUACAAAUAUAAAUAAAAUUCUAAUCUAUUUCUAGUACUGAAAGGUACAUAUGAGACCAGAACAACUAUGAGAAGUUUAAGUACAUUUUAUUAACAAUGCAUCCCUUUGAUAAGAUUAUGCUUCAGGAGGCUUUUAAUGCCCAUAGACAUGAACUGUACACACUAUACAAAAAAAAAAAAAAAAAAAGAAGAAAAAAAAAAAGAAAAAAACC